ACAAGAACGGACGCCAUGUUGAAACAAUGGAAAUGUGUGGAAAAUGAAACUACAACGCAGAACUUAUAGAAAUAAGCAAGAAAAUAAUUCAAGAAAACGCCAUUUUGCACUUUUUAAUUUAGUAAUUAUUACGAAACAAACAAAUAUAAAGAAAUUGAAAUGAAUCCCAGUGGAUAUUUACCAAUGAAUAUGAUGAUGCAACAGCCAUACAUGGUGGCUGUGCGACUCCCACCUGGUGUUCAACAGCCGCAGAGGGGACAGACAGCUGGUGUUCUUCCUGCAGGAUUAGGGGCACCUGCUGCCACACGGUUUGCUGCCCCAGCUCCACCAACCUCACCAUCAUCGUCAUCUGCAGGAGCUCAAUAUGUAACUUCACCAGCAUUAGCAGCUUCACCAGCAUUGAUGGCUUCUCCUGGACUAGUAUCUCAAGCUUAUGGUGGACCAGGCAUCAUGUCACAAGGAUUAAUGACACAGGCAUUGGGACAACAAGGAUUAAUGACACAUGCUUUGGGACAACAAGGAUUAAUGACACAGGCAUUGGGACAACAAGGUUUGGCCUCUGGACUAGCAGCUCAUCAGUAUGCUGGCCACCCAGGUUUAACAGGAAUGACUGCUCAGGGACUAACAGGAAUGACUGCUCAGGGUCUAACAGGAAUGACUGCUCAAGGACUAGCAGGAAUGACAGGAAUGACAGCACAAGGUUUUGCAGCACAAGGAUUAACAGCUCAGGGCUUCCCGCCAGGUGGUCUGGCUGCAGCCCAUCAGGGUUUGACAGCACAAGGUUUCCCACAUGGCAUGGUGACCCAACCAAUGUCAGCAUAUGGUGCACCCAGUAUGGCCUUUGCUAAUCCUGGUGCAUAUGCAGCUGUUGCACAUCCUGGGAUGGCUGGAUUACAGUAUGCAUAUGCAGAUCCUGCAAUGGCAAGCAUGGCAGGUUUAAUGCAGGAGGUACCUAUACAAGAAGAAGAGGUACCAGAAAGUGUAACAGUUAACCUAGAUGACUUUAACUCUGAUCUCCAUCUGAUUAUAGAUUCUGACGGAUUUGGUGCUCACCCAUUAGUUCAACCGCCUGGUUUUAACUUUUGUUGGGCAGGUGCUAGGGCAACUCAUGGUGCAAUGUCAGGAAAGCUGUAUUAUGAAGUGCAAGUUGUUGAACAUUUACCUACAAAUUUUGGAGAAAAUCAUCAAGAAACAAAUCCACAUGUUCUGAGAGUAGGAUGGUCAAUAGACGAAAGUUCAUUCCAGUUAGGAGAAGAACCAUAUUCUUAUGGGUAUGGUGGAACUGGUAAAUUUUCCAAAAAUUGUAAAUUUUCCAAUUAUGGUGAACCAUACGGUGAAGGGGAUGUUAUUGGAGCCUUACUUGACCUUGAUGCCAAACCACCAAGCAUGUCAUUUACAAAGAAUGGUAAAUGGCUUGGAGUAGCAGAAACUUUAUCAGCAUUUCCUGUUGGAGUGAAAGAAAGAGCAUUAUUUCCUCAUAUUCUGAGCAAAAACACCAAAUUUAUUGUAAAUUUUGGUCAGCAAGAAUCUUGGUAUUCCCCACCACAAGGGUUUAAUUAUGUCAUGCAUCAACCAGGUCUUGUCAGAGGAAUGGAAGCACCAGCCAAGAAGUCAGACUGUGAAAUAGUAAUGAUUAUUGGUCUACCAGGAGCAGGCAAAACUACAUGGGGUAUAAAUCAUCAGAAAGCACAUCCAGAGAAAAGGUACAAUAUCAUUGGAUCAGACACCUUGAUAGAUAAGAUGAAAGUCAUGGGCUUGCCUCGUAAAAAUAAUUACCAUGGAAGAUGGGAUGUUCUAAUCGACAAGGCAACAAAAUGUCUCAACAAGCUGUUUGAAAUGGCUCAAAAAAGGAACAGAAAUUUUAUUCUCGAUCAAACCAAUGUUUAUCCAUCUGCAAGAAAAAGAAAAAUGAAGAAUUUUAGUGGAUUUCUCAGACGUGCAGUAAUCAUCCAACCAGAAGAUACAGAACUGCAAAGACGGUCUGAACAAAGAACUGUAGAUGAUGGAAAGUUUGUUCCAGAGUCAGCUAUUGUUGAAAUGAAAGCUAAUUUUAAAUUGCCAGAUGUAAAUGACCAUUUAUUUGAUAAGAUUGACUAUGUUGAACUACCAAGAGAGGCCAGUGUCAAGCUUGUAGAAAGGUAUAAUAGUGAAGGUAAACAUGGUAGUCAGCCAAGAAGUGGAGGUCAACCUUUUCAACCGCCUGCAGAUUUGAGACAGGGUCAACCAUUUUAUCAACAAAUGCCAGGACAAGGCAACCGACAACCUUUGCAACAAGGACAAGAUAGAUUUGGUCAAGCAGGAAUGGCAUAUCGACCGCCUGAACCUCCAGCACCCCCACAAGGAGGUCGUCAGCUUGGAACAGAGGAUGUUUAUGGCGAUCGUCAUAGGCAUGCUCAACAUGAUAGGAAUGAGGAACCUUCUGAAAAAAGAGGAAGGUUUGAAACAAAUAACUCAAGUGCUAGUGCACUUGAUUUCAUAAAACAGGAAUAUAGUGGAGGUGAUGAUGAACAAAAACAGUCACAAAAGCGAAUAAAGAAAGAACCUCAGUGGAAUCAAAUGGCUUAUGGGGGUGGUAGUCAAGGAUUUCAAGUUGGUCCACUACAAGGUGGACAAUUUGAAUUUGCAAAUAAGAAUGCCCCCCAGAGUCAAGGAAACCCAAUGUUUUUUCAGCCUCAGCCACCUCCUCCGCCCCCAGAAUCUAUAAAGUCUGAACCAGGUAGUGGUUUUCAGGGACAAGGUCAAAACUGGCAACAGCAACAAGCUGAAAUGUUUGGCAAACAACCAGGAUUUGCUAACCAAGGUGCAUUUAGAAAUCCAUUACCGAAUGUGGCUAAUCCACCUCCAAAUUUUCAAGGCAGUCAACCUUUCAAUCAACAAAAGCCUCCACAAAGUGGUGGCUUUGGUGGACCAAGAAUGCAACAACCACCAAAAUCAGACCAACAAUCAUUUGGAUUUGCUGGUCAACAGCAACAAAAUUUUAGUAGUGAUAAUAAAUUUAGUAAACCACCAACAUCAAAUGUUCAAGAUCGACAAAAUUUUCAACAAGGAUCACAUGGUCCAGACAGUGAAAGAAAAUCUUCAUCUCCAGGUGGCGAUAAGCCUAGACGAGAAAGGAGAAGGCCAAGCAAAUGGGACACUCCUACAGAGGAGAACUCACAAGGUGAAAUUGGAUUAAGUGAGGAGGUUCAAAGUCAUAUUGCAGCUUGUGAGGCUGCUUAUCAAGCUAAUGCAGGAUCUGGUAUGGGAGAUGGACAGGUUAAACAAGAGAAGGAUUCUAAUGAUAUGGGUCAAUCUAACCAUAGAGAUAGACCAAAGCCAAGUGAACAAUUUAAUCAAGGGCAUAGGCCAAAUGGACAAGGAGGUGGAUAUAACCAGAAUAGACCUCCAAAAAAUUUUGGUCCUGGAGGUCCAAAAAUGGAAAGAGAUCAGUUUGUACACGAUCAAUUUUCAGGUGGGUUUGAUGGUCCCCCAGGACCAGGUAAUUUUGGUGAAGGAAUGCGGCUACAAGGACCACCCCAUAGAGGAUUUGGUGGUAGACCUCCAAGACCAUUAAUGGGACGUGGUGGACCACCACAGAGACCUCCAUUUAGAGGUGGUCCACAUGGUGGACCACCAGGAUUCCCUGGUCCCGGAAGAGGACAUCCACCAGGGGGUCCAGGUGGACCAAGACCAUUUAGACCAAGAGGGCCUCCUGAUCAAGGAAUGCGGGGUAGAGGAUUUGGACCCAGACAAGGACCUCCACCAUUUGGUCCCAGAGGAAUGCGAGGACCUAGGGGUGGGAGAGGCCCAAGGCCUUUUUAAAUAAUAUAUUAUACAGUUUUUUUGAAAUGGAAAUAAAUGUUGUUAUUAACUUUUGUAUGGUUUACUUUACACAAGUCAUUUAUUAUGAUAAAUAGUCUCACUGAAGUCCAUCAUUUCAGGAAAUUUAUAAAUUCGAAGAUAUAACACAAUGUAUUAGAAGCAUAUCUAUUUUAAAGUUUUCUGAGUUAAUAAAGAGGAUCAUGUUACAACAAAACAUUAAUAUGUUAUUCUACUUAAGAUCCAGUAGUUGCAAUAUUACAGGAGCAAAGUUACAAUUGUUAGAUAAGACAAAAACUUUGUAAAUACAAAUUUACAUUUCAUCACAUUUAUUCACCUUAAGUGUAGUACAUGUAUAACUUUCAACAAAGGCAAAACAGUGAAAUUUAGUAAUUGAACUAUGAAAUAACCUCUUCUUUAAUGGGUAAAGUGUUUAAAAAUUAAUACGAGAGAAAACCAGUUCCAUUUAUAUUUCACAAGUUUUAUGUAGACAAUUCAACUUCAGUAAAAAAUUCACUGAAGGAGGUAAAAAAUUGGUUUAGGUAUUGAAUGUUGGCCAAAUGUAAAGUGAUUUUUUAAAAUGAAUUAUGUAAACAAACUUGAUGAAUGUUGUUUUAAAAUACAGCUCUUUUAAAAGAUGAAAAUAAAUUAAUAUUUUAAGAUUUUGAAACCAGAAGUAUGAAAUUUAAAUUGAAAAAUUCAUAGAAUUAUAACACUGGUAACCUAAAUCAUUACCAUGGGAUCUAGAAAAUGCUAGUUUUAAAAAAAGAUGAAGAACUAACAUUAAUAUUCAGUAGUAUUUUGUUUUAAUUUAUGAAUAGAUUCAUCUUAAUUCAGAGCACCUUUCAUUGAUUUUUUUUAAGUAUUUGUUUGUGUGUCAUGGUUUUUUUUUCAGGAAGAGUGCAAAUAUUUAUAUCAUAAACUUUAUCUUAUAUAUAUAUAUAUAUAUAUAUAUAUAUAAAAUGAACAAUCAUAUUAAAACAACAGUUAUAUAUAGGCAUGUUAUCUAACAUUAUGGUUUCAUUGCAUUCUUUUGAAAGUGUAAUCAUCACAUAAAAGUAUCACCAUAUGGUAUAUUGCCUGAUUAUUGUUUUCAGCAUUUUUUUUUCAGAUUUGUUCAUUUCAGGAUUUUAGCUUGACAAUUACAGUGUUAUUUUAAUGUUGUUAAUAGCUUAGCAUGUCAUAUUGCCAUGUUUACAUAUUGAGUUCUUUUAAAAAUCACAUGCUCAUAAGUAAAUACUUUGUAGUAUAUACAGUUGUAAUUAAUUUUAACAGUGUGCAUUAUAUUAACAUGCUCAUGAACAUCUUAUUUGUUACAGUUAUACAUAGUUCAUCAGAACUUGUACAUAUAAAUCCUACUCGCCAUUUAACUUACAAACCUGCUUUAUUUUCCUUCGAGUAGACUAGUGCUCUUGUUGAAAUAGACAUCAUUCCCAUGUACUUCAUUUGUUUUCAGGAUUCAAGAACUAUAUAAAGUGUUGUUGGAAUAUUAAAUCAGAUCUUAAACAUUACAUGGUAUUAGUGUUUCUUUGCUUUGUAUUAUAAUGUUGCAAAGGCUUUAAUUAAAUAUAGUGAUAAUUUCUGAAUUUUAUGUUUGUUUUUCAAGAAUAUAUGUCUGUUUACAAAUAACUACUGAUGCAGAUAAAUCAAGGAUGAAUUUUUAACAUGUUUUGUUGAUUUAUGAGCAAGAUUCACUAAGAUUUGACAACAGAACAAACUGAGUAUGAAAAGUCCCAUCACAUAGCAAUUUUGAUGAUGAAAUUCUUUUUUUUCAUUGUUUUAUACUUCAAGUCAAAUUUGUCCGAAAUAUAAGAUGAUAGUUCAGUUAAAAUGAGAUUUAAUUCAGUACAUUUAAAAAUUCUUAAUCAGCUGGUUUGUUUCAAUUUAUUGUUGUUGCUGUGAAACACAUAGUGUCUGGUUCUAGAUAGGACUCUGCUUAAACAGUUAGGAACAUUUAUAAUAUGAUAUAUCUAUGGAUAUAUCUAUUCCAUUAUAGCUUACAUUUACAGGUGUCUUAAAUUUAAAAAAAAUAUUAGAGAGCAACAGAAUGUUCAUUCCCAGUACAUACUUUGAUAUUAAAAUCACCUUUAACGAGCUUUUGGUAUUAAAAUCACCUUUAACGAGCUUUUGGUGUAGAUCUCCAUAUAUUUAUUGUUUUUUAAGAAGUUUAGCAAUAUUUCACAAUUUACUCAGAGUACUGAACAGUUUUGAUAUGUUUCCAAACAAUUGAGAAUAAGUUCUGUAAAAAUAGAAAGAAAAAUCCUGUGAGCAUUGAUAAAAUACUCUGCAGUUAUAGGAUUGGCAAAAUAUACAUGAACAACAAUGAAAUCAAAAUAUGAUUAACGUAUUAAUGAAAGCAUGCAUAGUUUUUUAGUUUUUCAGAGAUGUAUUUACAGUUUACAUUAAUUUUUUUUUUAAAUUUAAUUUUAGAAAAAUUAAAGAAAGUUAUAUUUUUGAGGUUAUUUUUAUGCCUCCAGCAUUGAAAACUAUAUUAUAGUUAUAAGGACUCUGUCGAUUAAUGGGCAGAAUGACUUAUAAUCGGCUUGUUCGUACGUCCGUCUGUCCCAAAUAAAUUAGUCUUUAACUUAAUCUUUAAACUUUCAAAGUAGUCACGAUAACUGUACAGUUCAACUUACAUAUUAGCCAUCCCUGUACUCAUGAAAAAAUGUCUGCUUCAAAACCCCUUGUGAGUCCUGGGGAAAAUCUCCGCUUAAAGGUUUGUCGUGUACAGGGACAAAAAACUUUUGUGAGGAUCAUUGUCAAAAAGAAAGUUAAAAGUCGGACACUCCUGUGCAUAUACAUGUACGUGGUAUUACCCUAGUUGCACCACAAUUUUGAGAUUAAUAUGCUGCGAGCAAUGCUUCAGUUCUAUUAGGUUAACGUUCACUUUAAUGAGUGAAAAGUUGGUACUUGAUUAUUGUUAAGGUAGUUUUUUCUUAAAUGAAAAAUUUGGAAAAAUUAUAAGAAAAUUUAAAAAAGAAUACCAUUGAAUUAUAGACAUCUACCGGACUUAUUAAUUUAUAUAAUUUCCAUAUUUUGGUGUUGAAAUAUAUGGUAACCAAAUUCUGACCUAUUUAAUGAUCAUGCAGAGUUCAAACUACAACCAGUGGCAAUUCGAGUAGUGGCAAUCAUGGGCUCAUGAGACAGAAAACCACAAGGAAUCUCAUAAAUGUGAAGACCUUACUUUUUAACAUGCACUACACUACUUUACUUACAAAAUAGUUCUUAGGAUUAUUUUUCCUCUUUUCCAAUAUAAUAUUUUAUGUAUAACAUAUCAAUAUGAUAUAAGAUUUUACCCAGCUCAUUGUUUUUAGGUUUUAUACAAUUCUAGGAUCACACACACGACGUCUAAAUUUUAAUGUUGCUUAGGUACAAUGGAGUCAAAUCUAUUCCAACAGGUAAAGAAUAUUAUUUCUUAUGCAGCAAAAAUCCUGCAAUCUGA